AUGGAACGCUUGGUGGAACAAGAGUACGAUACAAAGUACUAUAAGACGAAAUUGGCGGCUAAUUUGGAAAGUCGAUUUCGCGCAGUUUAUUGNACAGCAUUAUUGGGUGAAGGUUUAACAUGGCUAAUGGUUUAUAGAACAGAAAAAUAUCAGAAAUUGAAAUCGGAGGUUGAGAAACAAAGUAAAAAACUUGAAAAAAGGAAAGAAGCACAUGGAGACUCCUUAGACAAACAGCAGAAGAAAAAAAUUGAACGAGAAGAGGAAAGACUUAAGAAUAACAAUCGUGAUUUAUCGCUCGUUAAAAUGAAAUCAAUGUUUGCCAUUGGUUUCGCCUUCACAGCUUUAUUGAGUAUGUUCAAUAGUAUAUUCGAUGGAAAAAUUGUUGCAAGACUACCAUUUGUGCCAAUUAGUUGGAUUCAGGGAUUGUCCCAUAGGAAUUUAUCUGGCGAUGACUACACAGAGUGUUCAUUCAUUUUUUUAUAUAUUCUCUGCACCAUGAGCAUCAGACAGAAUAUCCAAAAAAUUCUGGGAUUUGCACCCUCAAGGACAGCCAGUAAGCAGAGUGGGAGCAUCUUCGGCCCCCCCCCUCAACAGUUCAAGUAAUUAGUUAUUUUCAUCACAAGGUCCACAAAGUAUUUUCUGACGAAUGUGGCUUUGUAGGCCGAGCCGAAGGCG